AUGAGUGGAAAUGCAGAGGUUCGCUUUUCAAGACUUCUGAAGGUGCCCCUCUGCAUCUGCAGCCACGAGCGCUUCGACUCCGUUAUGGGCGACUUCGCCAUCGACGGCCAGAUAAAGUUCACAGAGCCCUAUGUGCACAUCAUGCAGGGCCUUGGGCACGCAGUGUUUGUUGAACGGUAUCGCGAGUUCGUGGUGUAUGAGAAGCAGUGCUAUCCAGAGUUCUGUGUCAUCUACGAGCGCAUGCCCUGCGUGGAGGGCAUCAACGAGAUCCUGUCGGUGCCAACAGCGCCAAGGAUCCUUUCUGACAGCUUUACCAUCCUCGGGGGACCGCUGGCAGAGCAGAUCUCGAAGGCGGCAACAGAUGUGAUUGCUGAGCACUUCGACGAGUACUGCGCGGAAGAGCUCCAGAGGCUCCCUCCCAGCACUCUGGCCCAAAUCCUGCGACGGGACGACCUCUCUGUGAUGCACGAAAACGAGAUCUUCGACUUCGUGGUGGAUGCUGCAGGUAGCCUUGCUUCUUGCGGAAGGGGCGAGGAGGCCACUCAACUUUGGCAGUCGAUUCGCUUCGGGGCCUUGUCCAACACUUACAUGGUCAAAGCUGCAAAGAUCGAGACGAUCCCGCGCAUGACCCUGAUUUGGUCGAAGGUCUUGAACCGGAAUGGAAAUCAGAACCUCGAGAAGCUGAUGAAUGAGCAGUGCCUCUCCGAGGGUUGGCCAAUCCCAGCUGCGCCGAACCCACGGAAGCCCUUCAAGGACAUGACGUGCGCCGUGAUGUACUCGGUGGACACGGAUGCCCGGAAUGACCAGGAUGUCGAGCGAAACAUCACCGCUGCGACGCUGGUGGCCGAAGAGAUCGAGUUCCUGGGCGGGCGGGCAAUCCUGGAGAACAUCUUUGCAAGGCGGGACAUGGGAUUUGAGAUCAGCCUGACAGUCUGA